CGCUAACUGGAAUAGUUGUUUGUUAUCAAUUCAUGAAAAAUGCGAGUUUAUGACUACGGACUUGCCGGUUAUUAGUACCCGUACGUCUCAAACUCUGUUUACUCUUGAGUGGUCCGCAACGGGUUUGCGACAAUACAUACACACUGUGCAGCACUGUACUAUCGACACCGUGGAUCGGGUCCCACCAAAGCUGAUUAUCGAUUUGAUGCGAUCGGACCACAUCCCGGAGCUUCCUUCAAUAGCUUCACCAUCUCUACCUCGUGGGCAGAAAAAAAAAAGAAAACACGUCGGAGAUACCAACAUCGACCAAAAGACCUAGCAGCUGACCUGUCCGGUCGCUCGUCACCCAGCUCGCCCUAUCCUCGAGGCGUUACACCGAAACAGACUCGUCUUCGACAUACGACAACAUGGACCACAUACCCCUCAAUCACGAAGCCUCGGCUGGCGAUACACACAAGACGACGACUCCGGACCUGCCGCCUGAAGUAAUACAGUGCUUGGAGAAUGCGAGAUUUCUUCACCUCGCGACAUGUACCGAUAACAUCCCCCACGUUUCUCUGAUGAGCUACACAUACCUGCCCUCAUCACCGUACUCGACAUCACCCGUUGUUGUCAUGACAACAAACGCCGCAAGCAAGAAGACCAACAACCUCAUCAUAAACCCAAACGUGUCGCUGCUCGUCCAUGACUGGGUCUCUCACCGCCCACCUUCGUCAAACCGUCGCCCGUCCGGUGGCUCUCCGGGUCCCGAACAUCGCUCAAGCCUCGCCUCGUUGCUCCUGAACCUGAACACGUCGUCUAUAUCCUCCAUCUCGGCCACCAUCAACGGUUCUGCCCGUUUGGCCGACGCCGGGUCUGAAGAGGAAUCCUUCUUUAAGCAGCAGCACCUCGACAACAAUACGUUUGAAGACAGCUCGGCCGGCGCCUCCAUCUUCAACAGUACACCGGCUGACGGUGCUCGGCCGACGUUUGUGGAGGGGGAGGAUGUUAGGGUCGUCGUGGUCAAGAUCCAGGAUGUCAGGAUCAGCGAUUGGAAGGGUUCUGUCAGGGACUAUGUCAUUGUUCCGAGCGAACCGAUGGUGAAUGGUGUAUAGACUUGCGAUAGUUGCCUAGAAGUGAAGCCCAACCUGUAUCCCACGAUAGCGCAUUUUUGGUCUCGGCACCACAUAAUUUGUCAACGAGGAUCUUAACUAGAAGUCUAGAGCACCCCAUAUUGUCAAGCCAAGCCCAAAUCACGUCUUGAUAAAUUGCUUCAUCAUAAAUUGCUUCAUCAUAAACUGUUUCAGUAUAGCACAAGUGGGUACUCGUGAAUGGUUCAUACCAAUUCCACAACUCUCCUGACUAUCGAUCGCAUUGUUGUAUUCAUAUCCGC